UUUAUAGCCCUGGGAGCUACGCGGAAAUAGAAUUUCCUCUUCUCUAUCUCGCUACAAACUUUAUUCUCCUUCAGACGAAUCAAUGGCCUCCCGUGACAAGAAACCCGCGAAGCCGUCGAGCAGCCGCGCCGGUGGUAUUCGCACGUUGUCGGAUCUUAACCGCCCCUCUGGACGCGAUUCCGAUAGCGAUUCCGAUAACCCUCAGGAGUACUACACCGGUGGCGAGAAAAGUGGCAUGCUUGUUCAAGAUCCUUCUAAGAAAAAUGAUGUAGAUGAGAUUUUCAAUCAAGCUAGGCAACUGGGAGCCGUGGAAGGUCCUCUCGAGCAUCCUCGUCCAUCAAGCCCAACAAGUUUUACUGGAACUGGUAGAUUACUCUCAGGAGAAAGUGUGCCUUCUGCACCUCAGCAUCCCGAUUCUGUUAUUCACAACAUAGUUUUCUGGUCCAAUGGUUUCACUGUAGAUGAUGGCCCCCUUAGAAGGUUGGAUGAUCCUGAAAAUGCACCGUUUUUAGAGAGCAUCAGAAAGUCCGAGUGUCCUAAAGAGCUUGAGCCGGCUGAUAGAAGGUCUUCUGUUCAUGUCAAUCUGAUAAAGAGGGAGGAGAAAUUCCCCGAACCAGAGAAGAAACGCCAGGUAGCGUUUCAGGGUGUUGGAAGAACUCUUGGUAGCAGCAGUAGUUCGGCAUCUCCUGAGCCAACUCUCAGCUCCAGUCCUCUCAACUCAGCUCCAAACCCUUCUUCUGGCUUAGUCGUGGACGAAAGUUUACCAUCAACCUCUAUUCAGCUUAGGUUGGCUGAUGGAACUCGCAUGAUAACUCGCUUCAACCUCCAGCACACAGUUGAUGACAUCCGUUCCUUCAUCAAUGCAUCUAGACCUGGGAGCACAACAAACUAUCAACUUCAGAUAAUGGGUUUCCCUCCUAAACUUCUUACUGAUCCAUCCCAAACCAUAGAGCAAGUAGGCCUUGCGAAUUCCGUGGUAAUCCAGAAGCACUAGGCCGGGUUUUUGCUUGGAAACUGUCUAUCUUAUUAUCUCUACAGCUGCUUAUUGUAUCAAGCGGAAAAAGUUCCAUUAGCUUAAAGUGAUCAUGAAUCACUACAGUACACUGGAAGCACGUUUUUUUUAUGGUUGUUUGUGAUGGUGAAUUGUUUGACCCCCCCUUGUUCUC